UUCCGGGUGAACGGGAUGUUGUGAAACUGCAGGCUAAUGUGUGUAUUAAAUUCCAGGUUAUGUUUGUAAAAAGUCAGUGAAGGCAAAUGUCUGCCCCUUCCGAUCCGGGAGUAUCAAAGGCAAAGGAUUUAAAUCCAGCGACGCUCUCGACGGGUAAAUCUGUGAUAGCGGCGGCGUUAGUCGCUCAGGCCCGGGGUAAGAAACGAGCCGUCAGUCCCGCGACUCCCGCAACCGCGCAGCCACAUAACAACAGCGGUAAAAAGAAAAAAACACAACCUGCAUCCUCAGCUACUCAAGCUCAGGUUGCCCCAGUGGAGUCGACUUCUGAGGGAAAACCUGUGGGAGCUGUUGAUCUGGAAACUUCUGCCAAAUGUCUUCCUUUUAAGAACCCCAACUUUGUGCACUCAGGUAUCGGUGGAGCAGCAGCAGGGAAGAAGAAUCGGACGUGGAAGAAUCUGAAGCAGAUUUUAGCAGCGGAGAAAGCACUGCCCUGGAAAAUCUCUGAUCCUAACUACUGCAGCAUAGAUGCACUUCCCUCUAUGAAACCUGCUAAAAAGUACUCCGACAUCUCAGGUCUUCCGGCAAACUACACUGACCCUCAGACUAAACUGCACUUUGCAUCGACGGAAGAGUUUUCUUACAUCCGUCAAUUGCCAACAGACGUGGUGACCGGAUACCUGACUCUCCGUAAAGCCACCUGCAUUGUGCCCUAAUGGAGUACUCUUCCCCCAAACACACAUGUACUUGCUGACUGAACACAGAAUGCUAUAGGAUGUAAAGGACUAACAUACUUGCAUCAGAACAAUUUGUUACAUUUCUUGUGGAUGUUUAUGGUUGCUUUCAUUGUGAAUUGACAGUUUAUACCAAUGUAAGACAGAGUGACAAUUUUUCCCAAUAGGUUUUCAGUAGAUUGUUUUCAGUGAACUACUUGUAUCGUUAUGAUGUAUAUUUGGUAAAAUUAAACUUGAUAUCACCUCUA